CGAGGCAACGAACGGAGGCAAGGCUCUUUCCCUCUCCGGUAUACUUACUGCUUCCUCCUCCUCCCCCCCCUUCUCCAACAACAGCAGCAGCAACCGCUGUCACCCCCAUUCCAUCAUGCCGUUGUUCAACCUUCGCCGUCGCUCCAAGGCCAAUAUCAACCGGAGCAAGUCUCCUGAGGCCAAGUCCACCGAAUCCCAGUCCAAUGGGGACAUGACUUCGGGAAAAUCAUCAUCCACGCUUGAAACGGCCUCCUACAGUUCUCUCACCCCGCCUUCUUCUAUCAAGCCAAACCAAUCCUCCCCCAACCUCCCGUCGCUCAGCGAGAGCAACGGGGCCUCUAACAACACCGCGGUUUCCCCGGUCUCUGCGCCUCUCCAGCGCCCAGGUCUCCUCACGGCCCCCUCAUCGAACCGGAACAGCGCCUACUUCGGCAGUAAUAUGUCCGUCAAUGGUGCUUCGCGGUCACCUACACCCACUUCCCCUUACGCUCCUCGGCUGGUUUCCGUCUCGGAUAACUCUUGGGUACACCAAAAGGUGCUGCUAGUGUACGGCCAAAUAGGGGACCCAAGGCAGCACCCGAUGGACGGGACUGUAACAGUCUAUCACCAUCAAGACAGCUUUCCGUCGGCGUCAUGGCCGGUCACAUCGUCACACUUCAAGACCUUGGUGCAUCUCGUUCCGGGUCCGAAUCGACUGCGCUUCGAAUUUGUCUCGGCCAAGAGUUCAUCCGGUACUUCCCACCCGAGCUCUCAUUCUUCCUAUGUCUGCAUCAACUAUCUCCCCUUGGUCAACGCCCCGCCUUUGCAUCUCGUGAUCCUCCAAGGCAAGGACUCCGAUGGGACGUUUGACGCUGUUCCGGAGAGGCAGCAGCGGGAAGGAAACGGUCUCGAAACGGCCAUCCAGAAGUACCGUAUGGCGGCGUACCUCUGGCAGGCAUUUACCGGCGAACAAAUGUUCCGGAACAAUUUCGGACGUCGCUGUUUCCGAUUCGAAGAAGAGUGGCAGACGGGCACCUUGAGUCGCCGUGACGCAGCCAACGGCGUGAUGCGGAACGAGGCCAAGGUGCAUGUCAUCCGGACUGACAAGACAGUCGCAGAACUCCGGGACCUCGACCUCGCCCAGCAGAAUGAUUCUGCCACCCACAAGGAUGAGCUGUUCCGGAUCGCACGAGACGCCGUGAAGGACUAUUUCCACCUUCAACCGGGACAGAAGCAGUAUGUCUCGGUCUUACUGCUAGAUUCCCACUGGGACACGAGCUCUGAGACUAUCACCGGUCACGCUGCCCUGGGUUCGAGCUCGGGGGAUCUGAAAAUGGCGAUCUUUGGCUCCCACAGCUUGCAGAGCUACCCCACCAGUCUCGAGGACGUCGUGGACGCCUUUUCGGACUGCACCAGGACAAACAUGGAGUUUGUUGCGAACGAUUCUGGCGAGGGCGGAUCCAGCUGGGAAGCUGCCAAUAUUGGUAUCGGUGCCCAUCUGCAUGAAGUCGGCCAUCUCUUCGGAUGCCCGCAUCAAGAGUCGGGCAUCAUGCUUCGAGACUACGUCCGUUUCAACCGGACAUUCCUCACCCGCGAACCCUUUGCGACCCGGACAAAGACCCAGGGCCUUAAGCUGUGUCUACCUCAGGAUGAGUGUAGCUGGCAUCGGCUCGACGCUUUGCGCUUCCGGUUCCACCCUUGCUUCCGGCUUCCCGGUGAUGCUCCCAUCGGUUCGGACGAGAGCAUCCAGGUCUGGCCCGUCGAGAACGGCAAGAUCUUGUUCACUGCCCCGACUGGUAUAGCGUUCAUCGAACUGUACGCUGAGGGUGACAACGUAUGUCACAACUUCAUCGAGUAUCUUAACAGCGAGUCCAGCAACAACGGACUGCCCAAGCAGGUGACGUUGACGGAGAGCGAGCUUCGGCAGCGCGUUUUUGGCACUGAAAAGGAGAAGAAGAAGAACAUCAGGUUGGCCGUUUUCUCUGGCGGCCUUGGGAGCCAUAUCGUCGAAUCGGUCAACGACCUGAAAUCGAAGCAGUCUUUGGUGAAGCUCCCCAAGAGCCAGACUGGGUAUAAGGGCAGUAAGUUGGGAUUCUCGCAGUUGGAGGGUAGUCAACCCGAACAGAUGUUGUUGGACUACGCCGCAACAACCAAGCUCCUGACCUCCGUCCGGAUCUACCAUGAAAACGCUGUUCACGGGCUGGAAUUCUUCUAUGAAGAUGCGACAAGUCAGCUCUUCGGCAACCGGGGAGGAAAGCCCGGAGGUGACGAUUUCGUUAUCGAUACUCGCAGAGGGGAGAUUCUGCUUGGCUUCUUUAUCCGAGCCGGGCAAUGGAUUGAAGGUAUCGAGAUUCUGACCAGCCAGGGAAGGAAAUCCGGACUGUUUGGAAAUGCCCAAGGAGGCACAGGGUAUACUGUGAUUCCCCCUCUUGGAUACAAGAUUGCUGGUAUCUCCGGAUCCAGCGGCGCUUGGCUCGAUGGUUUUUCGUUGAUUAUCAUGCAUUGAGCUCCUAUUGCAAGGUGACAGCCAUGUCUAUAACGCUCGCAGUCUGGCGAGCUAUCCGAGCCAUCCAAGUCAUCGCCUUCCCCGACUGAGCAAACUUGACUUGC